AUGUGGAAGUAUGACCGAAGUUACUCUCAGCCUAGCUGCUCAGGGGGAAAGUACUACUUUUCCAGGAACAUUCCCCAUCCUAGGAUGGUCUGUCACAUGCCAGGAUUAAACAACGCUCCAGUCUGCCUUGUACGAAGCAGCUUUUCAAGAGAAUUCCCACCUGCUGGCAACAGAAGGGAGCUAGGCACUGCACAGUUCAUGACACAAGGAUGUGCAGAUGUUCCUGGAAGGAUUCAAAAUAACCCUUCUUCACCUGAAAAGCUUUUGAAAAAACAAUUCCAAGCCUCUGCACAACCUGCAAAUAGAGAGGGAAACCACGUCAUGUCUCUCACCCAGCCCUCCACUCCACUCAUCAACUUGGAUUACAGUCCUUGCAUCCAGAAUAAUGUGAAUUCUGACUCGAGCUACCUGGAUCAGAAAAUAAAGGUGCUGGAAAAACUGAGCGAAAUUUUGCAGACAGAUUCACUUACCGAGAUCCAAAAAUGGUUCGCAAGGGCAAGUAAAAAAGAGAAAGACUUUGUGUCCAGUCUGAUAUAUUCAGAACUGACUGACAAAGCUGUGCUGAAUUCUAAGGAAGGUACAGCAGAGAACAUGAAUAGCCAGAGUCUGCUAACGCCUCUCCCUACUCUUCAGAAAGUUCCAGGAGGGGACAUGAAUCAGUCCAGGUCUUCGGCUAAAGAAUCACUGGCAAGUCGAAAUGUGAAACAGAGCUAA